UCCUCUUUCCUCAGAAGGAAGGCCAUGCAAAGUCAUGGCUGGAAAAAUCACAGCUCUGUAACUGAGUUUAUCCUUUUGGGAUUCUCCAGAAACCCCAGGAUCAACUGGAUCCUUUUCUUCCUCUUCUUUUUCCUCUACCUGUUUACUGUCCUGGGCAAUGGGCUCAUUGUCACUCUGAUCAGAGUAGAUGCACGUCUACACACCCCCAUGUACUUUUUCCUCAGUAUUCUCUCUCUACUGGAUUUCAGUUAUGCCACCACUACAGUACCCCAGAUGCUGGUUCAUCUAGUAAGCAAGAAUAAGACCAUCUCCUAUGUUGGGUGUGUGGUCCAGAUGUAUGUUUUCUUGACUUUGGGCAUCACUGAGACCUGGAUUUUUGCAGCCAUGGCCUUUGACAGGUAUGUUGCUAUAUGCUAUCCACUCCACUAUGGGGUGAAGAUGAGCCAGAUUCUGUGUGUCCUCUUGGCUGUCAGCUCUGCUCUUUGUGGUCUCACAUGUGCCCUUGUCUACACUGUCUUUGCAAUGAAACUUCCCUACUGUGGUCCCAGUGAGAUCAACCACUUCUUCUGUGAAAUUCCUGCUAUCUUAAAGUUGGCCUGUGCAGAUACUUCCCUGAAUGACCAAGUAGACUUUAUCUUGGGUUUUAUACUGCUCCUGAUCCCAUUAUCCCUCAUUCUCACCUCAUAUGUUCGCAUCUUCAUGGCUAUCUUAAAAAUUCACUCCACACAAGGACGAAUCAAGGCCUUCUCCACUUGUGCUUCCCACAUCAUUGUGGUUACCAUGUUCUGUAUUCCAUGCAUGAUUAUGUAUAUGAGGCCUGGCUCUGAAGCCUCCUCAGAAGAUGACAAGAAGUUAGCCUUGUUCUACAAUGUCAUCUCUGCUUUUCUGAACCCAAUCAUCUAUAGUCUUCGGAACAAAGAUGUAAAGAGGGCAUUCCUCAAGUUGAUUGGAAAGAGUGAGGACACUCAGUAG